UGGAACCAAAGUAAAAUGUUUUACAGCAUUCGUUUUGUCAUGUUGAUCGUUCUAUGCAGUUUGACUUGUCCGACCUUUUAUCUAUCUUUUUUAAAUAAUAAAAAAAAAUGUUUCUCAAUUUGUAGUCUUAAAUGUGUAAUGUCUACAGAUCACCACCUUGUCACAAUUUGAUUUCAUACUUGUGAUAACUUUAUAGUGUUCAUUAAUUAUAAAUAUUAUCCAAACAGCUAAUACACGUUGUGAUCGAAACGGGCUGCAAAUAAAUGACUUUAUAGUAUUUUUUUUUGACAAAUUUAACAUUUUCAUUUUUAAUUAAUAACUUUUGAUGUUAAAAUUGAAUGCAGUGAUUCAAUUAAAAAAUUAUCUGUUGUGACUAGAAUGCUGAUUUAGUUAUACAUAAGUACAUAGUACAUUCCUAUAAUGAACAACAUAUUAUUAUCCUUCGUAGCGGCCGUUUACUUUCUGUCGAUCACGGUCAAUACAAAAGCUGCACAUGAAAUAGAUAACAUAGGUUCUGUUCCGCACAAUCAGUCAGUUUUGGGACCACCCGAGAAUCUAACGGCGACGGUGAUAUCCCUAAAAAGUAUAUACUUACAAUGGAUACCGCCCCUAAGCACGGAAGACAACAUUAUUGGAUACCGCUUGACUGUGGUAUUUAAAAGCUAUCUAUAUGAAGUACACAAAUAUUGCCCGUGUCCAACAAAAGACGAAUACACCUACGACCGAGUAGGCCAUGGUACGGAUACCUAUUUGUAUGACAUAAAACUAAAAAAUCCCAAUCAAGAUAAUAAAUUGUAUCAAUAUGAAAUCAAAAACUACUUGAGACCAGCGAGCAAAUAUCAAAUCAAUGUAUGUGCUGUGACGAUGAACAGCCAUGGGAAUUUAUCGACAGUCACUAUAAGGACACCGCCAACAACUAGUUCGGCGGUUGUUGAUUUGGAGAUCGUAACGUUAAAAUCCACAUCCGUCACUCUUAGUUGGAAGCAACCGUGCGAACCCAACGGUAAAAUAGCAUUUUACCAUAGCACUAUGGUAGGCGAAAGGCAAGGAUUCAAGGGUCUGUAUUUUAGCAGCAAACACGAUAUAAUAGAAAAUAAAACGAAACUCGAGUACAGUUUCCACAAUUUGUCGCCCGAGUACAGCUACCACUUUACCGUGGCUCCAAUAACGUUUGGCGUCGAACCGCCGGGACAAGACAAAACCAUCCAAUUUACCACUCUGUCGACAAGCCCCGGACCGCCAAAUGUAUACGAGACUUACCGUUCGCUCAGGGUCACGGUGUCCGAAAAUCAGCUCACUCAAGUACGGGUGUUCUUGUCGGCCAAGUUGUUUUCGAACAUCAACGGCACAAUCAGGUCUUACUCGAUAAUAGUGUACCAAGACGGCGGAUUUCCUGACGUACCGGAAAAAGGCGAAAGGACCGCUUUUGGAAUUUGGCCGCCCAAAAUGCGAACAUGGGCGGAAGCGUCUCCGUAUCCUUUCAUAUUGGCCUACCAGACAACCGCGAACGGUUGGAUGCCUUUUAUCGAUCAAACGACAGAAGUGAGUUUCGACGUCGGUGCCGACAUGACGUGUAGAAUUAGCGAUAGGAGCGAUUACUGCAACGGACCACUCAGACCAGUUACCGAUUACAGGUUAAAGCUCAGAGCUUUCACCGAACACGGGUUCCAAGAUUCUUGGGCGGUACCUUUUACCACGCCCGGCGAGCCGACAGCAGUGUAUUACCUUGUCCUGUGCAGCGUCCUCUUCGCGGUGUUCAUCACGGCCACGGGCAUAUGUUGCGUCCUGAAUAAAAACGUUCCUUGGAUAGUGACGUACAAAACGAUUCAGAUGGCCGAGGGCGAGUACCCGUUGUUCGGCGAGAUGAGUUAUGCGCAAUUGUUGAGCAAAAGCCCGCAGCAGAUCGAAUCGGAAUUUAAUAUUUUGACAGACUACGCGAAAAACCCGGCCACGACCGACGUGGCGUUGAUGCCUCAGAACAAAUCGAAAAACCGUUACAUCAACAUACUGCCGUACGAUUACAACAGAGUGACGAUAAAUUCCACCGACGGAGAUUACAUUAACGCGUCGUACAUAGAAGAUUACAAAGGUACUUGGCAGUAUGUAGCUUGUCAAGGACCUAUUAAGAAUACGUGUGCUGAUAUGUGGCAAAUGAUACUGGACGUGGACGUUGCUGCAAUUGUUAUGUUAUGCCAAAUCACCGAACAGGGCAAGAUAAAAUGCGAUAAGUACUAUCCCGACAGCCAAGAGAAGUUAACGUUCGGCGACGUUCAGGUGGAAAACGACGUCAUGAUUGUUGACAACGAGCAUUCGUACACUACGCGAAUUAUUACAGUUAAAAAAGGAGAAAAAAAGAAAACGAUAAGGCAUUUUCAGUUUCAUUAUUGGCCAGAUUUUGGGGUACCCAAUCAACCGUCGGAUAUGGUGAAGUUUUGCCAAAUAGUACAAGCGAAAGCACCAGCCGGUUUGAUCGUUGUGCACUGCAGUGCGGGCAUUGGCAGAACAGGCACGUUUAUCGCAUGUGAUAUUUUGUUGCGUCAAAUAAACGAAAGGACAAAACUGGACGUGUUCAAAACCGUGUUGAAAUUACGAGAGCAACGAACAAACAUGGUCCAAACACAAGCACAAUACGAAUUCGUGUAUGCUUGUUUGGCUUUUUUCAUAAAAAAAUACCUCUUGCCGACACCCAUGGAAUCAGCAAUGAAAAAAAGAAAUGCUUCCGGUCAAAAUGCAGCUAAUAGUAGCAGUGACAUUGAUUUUGUUUCUACGUAAGACUGCUGUUGUUUUUUGAAAAUGGUUUUCUGUGUUGUACUUAUUACUUUUAGACGAAAAAACAUAUUUUUUUAUCACAAUCUAAUGUAUAGGCCAAUUAAUGAAAAAUUAUAAAAAGGACAAUUUAUAUAACAUUGUUUACUUUAUAACAAAUUAACAAAAAAAAUCUUUUAUUUAAUGGUUGCCUAUACAAAACCCCUUAAAAACUGCCAGUUUGU